AUAAAGCAAAAUUUAAAGACAGGCCAACAUGCAAGUCUGUAUUAUAAUUCACCAAUCUUCUGCAGUUGGACAGAUAAGCUGUCUCUUUUGUCUCAUUCCUCUGAAGCCAAGAACUCACUGAAUUUUCCUCAUUUUUUACUUGCCUUUCACACAUAUAUACACAAAAUCCUCAUCAUUUCUCCUCUUCAUCUCUACUUUCAAAUGGGUUCAAGAUCACGAAGGAAGCAAAGAUGGUGUACUCAAACACUGACACCACUCCUGGAAGGUCCAGACCCUGACAUGCUAGAAGAAGCUAACAAGAAGGAGAGUUCAUGGGAAGUAAUUCGCGAAUGGUUUAGACACCAAAAGGGUUUCUCUGGUAAUAAUUUUUCUUCAUCGGUAGCACCGUAUGCGAGCAUUUCUGCUCAUAAAAAGCAAGACUUGAGGCUUUUGCUUGGAGUCCUUGGCUGCCCACUAGCUCCAAUCCCUCUGGGCAGUCACCCCAUUCACCACAUUCACAUGAAGGACAUCCCCAUAGAAAGCUCCAUUGCUCAUUAUAUCAUACAGCAGUAUUUGGCGGCCGCAGGAUGCUUGAAGAGAGAAAAAUGCAUGAAAAAUAUGUAUGUGACAGGGAGUGUGAAGAUGAUUCGUUGCGAGACAGAGAUUUCAUCAGGAAAGAAUGUUAAGUGUUUGGGGACGAGAAGUGCAGAAAAUGGGUGUUUUGUUCUUUGGCAAAUGUCGCCGGGAAUGUGGUCUCUUGAAUUAGUUGUCGGAGGAAAUAAGGUCAUCGCCGGCAGCGAUGGAAAGACCGUGUGGCGUCACACUCCUUGGCUUGGUACUCACGCUGCUAAGGGACCUCAACGCCCUCUACGACGCAUAAUCCAGGGUCUAGAUCCAAAGAGCACAGCCAACCUAUUUGCAAAAGCACAAUGCUUAGGCGAGAAACGAAUUGGUGAAGAAGAUUGCUUCGUAUUAAAAGUAGCAGCAGAUCAAGAAGCUGUCAUGGAGAGAAGUGAAGGAUCAGCAGAAGUGCUUAGGCAUGUAUUAUAUGGGUAUUUUUGCCAGAAAAGUGGACUUCUAAUAUACUUAGAAGACUCUCAUCUCACAAGGGUACAAACCCCAGAAAAUGAUUCCAUCUACUGGGAAACUACAAUAGGAAGUAGCCUUGAAGAUUACAGAGAUGUUGAAGGAGUGUUGAUUGCCCAUCAAGGCAAAUCAAUCGCUACGAUUUUUCGAUUCGAAGAAGAAUCUGUGCAGCAUAGUAGAACUAGAAUGGAAGAAAUCUGGAGGAUUGAUGAUGUUGUGUUUAAUGUUCCUGGGCUUUCCUUGGACCAUUUCAUCCCUCCUGCUGAUAUCUUUCAUGCUAAUUCUCCUUAAUUAACUCACUCACAGUAAUUAACCUUUUGUUUUUCUUUCCGUGUUC